UAUUAAAAAUAGUUAGAAUUUUGUUUAACUUUUAUUGAACCUAAAAAUUGCUACGUGGAAGCCGCAUACGCUAUUUUUUUCGCCAUUGAUAUGAAAAAGUGAAUCAUUUUGCAAAAUUAAUAAAUAGAUUAAAAAAAUUCAGCAAAACUCAACAACUGCCUUAUAAAUGAUAUGCUUUCAAUUUGAGGUUAACUUUAAGGAUAAACCUUGCUUCUGUUAUCGUGUCCACGCAAAAGAUCUUACCAAUUUAGCAACAGUCAGAACUUAAAUUUGUCAUAAAUAAAUUAAAAUGCAUCAGCAAAUAAAUAAUUAUAAAUAAAAAUUCAAACUCAUCAAAAAGAUAAUUAAUAAUCGUUAAAGAAGUUAAAUAAGGCUUACUAUAAUACAAGUUAGGUUCAAGAAUAGGUAUAAUAGUUUCAAAAUUAUUGGAAGAUAAUCUAAGUAACUUUGUAACUUCCUUUGAGUAGAGGAUAGCGGAUAUGAGGGAAAAGCGUUACAUGCGCGGUAAUCCUCGAAGAGUUAUUGAGCAUGAACGGGGAAAUUGCCCUUCAUUCUAAUGAUGAAAGGGGAAAUCUUUCAUAUAGGGAGAUUGACGAACUGCAAAUGAUCAGUGACUCUAAAUACACCACUCAAUUUCCAUAAUAUUGAAAACAAGAAUCUUCAUAACAAUACGUUAACGAACUUCUCAUCGUUAAGAAGAAAGUGGCCCCAAGGUGGCCACCAUUCAAAAAUUCACUAAAAAAUUAAAAAAAUAGUUGCAAAAAUCAAUUUAAGUUGAGACUGAAUAACAAGAGAUCAGAUCAGAUCUUUAGACAAAGAUGUUAACGAAUAAUUUGCAAAUAGAUCAAGAAUUAUGGUCUAUAUACGCAUGGUGGACAUCAAUUCUAGUUUUAAAAAUGAUGUACUUAACAUGGGCUACUGGAAGACUUAGAGUCGAACACAAGGUAUUUCACAGUGAAGAAGACAAAAUGUGGGCGGAAGGACCUGUUACCUUAUGUUGCUCUGGUGGAGGACAUCCUGCCGUUGAUCGAAUUAGAGCUGUACAUCAAAGGGAUCUUAAAAUUCUUAUCCCCUACAUUAUUUUUGCUCCACUAUGGCUAAUUAUAUCACCUUGUAAUUUUAUAACCCAACUCUUAUUGCGAAUUGUUCCACUAUCAAAUAUACUAUAUACUUUUAUUUAUUUAAAUACGACACAAAUUUUUGGUUCCAAUUGUUGUAAAAUAUUGUCAUACCUUGAACAUUUUACUGUAUUGACUGCAAUUACGAGACUCACGAGAUGUAUGGACAUGUAG